UUUAAUUCCUUAAAGACUGGCGUUAUCGAUAAAGAUGAAAAGAAAAUAUUGAAAUUCUAAUUAAUUCUAAAUUUAAUUAACUCCCACGCCCCAUUUUGGGAACCACUGGUCUAUACUAUGAUCAAGACAGGAACCACCUGCUGUAUAUAUAGUAUUUAUAUUAAAAAACUGGGCGUGGUGUCAAAUGUAUUCAGUCAAAUACGCACAGAUAAAUAUAUGUCCUUGUUUUUGAGUGAGUGUGACCUCUAGUGGUAGAAGAUUAUUGAUGAUUUCAUCAUUUUAAUUUCAACCUCCUGUCGUUAGAACAGCACACCCUCAGCCAUGCGACCGUACCUGUCUUUUACUCUCGAGCCCGAAAUGGAGCAAGCGGUCCCCUGGGGUCGUGACCUCUACACGUUUGUAACUUCAGCAGCAGGUCACAUGAUGAGGACCCUCCAGAAACCCCGGAAGAACCGACCUUCCAAACGGCAGGGCAACCACCGCCGCUUCCUGCACAACAUGAUUCAGAGGAAGUUUGCAGACAUUGAAGCAGCUAACCACCGUCUGGCCUCAGCUCUGUAUUUCAAGGAUGAGCAAAACAUUUUAACCUCAUUCCAGUCGCAGAAGCCGGCAGCUGCUGGCUCGUCUGAGAGCCAACAAUCACAAGAUGCAGAGAAAGACAAUGUUCUCAAAGAGACAGACGACAGCAUCAGGUCUCCAGACGUCUCUGAGGACACACAUCAAACUGAGAGCGGUGACAAAAACGGAACACACCCUUGGGAAACACCUCCGAUGUUACAGUCCGAGACUAGAACCAGUGGGAUGGUCAACGCAGUCGACGACAGACAGACUGGAGAGAGUGGAACUCAUUCACAGGUGGAACUCACAUCCGUUAGCUCACCACUAGGGACAGACCUCCACCCUGGACCAGGUGUCUUUUACAGUGAACGUUACGACAGCGAGAAUCUGCUGACAUCAGUCGACGGCCUCUCAGAAGACAACGUAGAAGCGUCUCUGGAGAAGUCUCUGUCGUCCUCUCCGGAACUUUCUCCUCUGUCUCUGGACUCCUGUGAUUUCUCUGCCCACAUGUUCACAGACAUCUCCUCCUGUGCUCAGACUCAUCAAAGCAUCGGCGACUUGGCAGAGAGUCCCUGGGCUGACAUCAUCGACCUGUUCGGCAUUGGAAAGGACUCUUCAGGCUGCCUGGACGACGGCGACGAUCAGAGCGCCCCUGCAGGCGGAGGUGACAAUGAGCAGGAGAUUGAGCCCGAAAACCAGUCAGAGUGUUUUCCACAAGCCACGUGCAGCAACAUGUGUCAAACUGAAGAACUUCGUCACAGCACUGGAGAUUGCACUUAUGAAUAUUUACAUAGUUACCAUGACGACCAAGGGCAAACCACAACUGUGGCAGCGGAGCCUGGCUUCACCGAGAUUAGAACAUCUGAAGCUGUCCACAUCGACAGCCUUCAGAUUCUCACCCCCAGCAGGUGGCACUACGACAGCACUGACCUUCAGUCCAAAGCCUUCAGCGACUGUAUGCAGGAAAACUCCACACCUUUUGAGGGAGUCGCACAGUCAUUCUCUGUGUCUCUACAUUAUCCUCAGCAUCGGACAAUACCAACACCACCCCGUGAGCAUGAGUGGAUGUUCCCCGACAUCCUCAAAGACGGAGAGUCGCCGCACGCUGAGGAACCAGGAUGUGAAUAUCCUGGUCUAUGACUUUGGUGGUCGCAACUCCAGAAUAAAAUUAUUUAUUUAUUUAUUUAUUAUAUUAUUCACCUUUAAUCUGAAAUCGAACUCUUGUUGUUUGGCUUUAUUCUAGUGAGCACAUUUACCCAAACCACUGUAGGUUUGAUGCUAAAAACCCAAAAAAAACCUGAUGAACUUGGCUUUAGACCCUGGAGAACAUUGCUACGCAGCUGGAUUUGAACCGUGACCUUAUAGGAAGAACUCCCCUCCCUGUCCACUGAGCUGCAGCAGGUGACUCUGAGUGGACUUUGACAUGUAAACUAUUCGGGUCGUCUAUAAAGAUCGUCUGUUUGUAACUGUCUAAAGAUGUGUCAUAUAAUCUUAA